AAGCAGAAACUGCCUGUCCUGCGGGAAAUGACGCCAGUGUUGUUUUUCUGGCUGUGCCUAGCUAGCUAACGCGUUAAUCAUAAUUUAUUAGUUAGUCAGAAAGGCGUAACUUUGUGAAAUAACUAGCUAGUUGAGGGCAAAUAAACACCAUACCGUGCAGAUGGCGGACCCUGCGGUGAUGGCGGGUGGAUUCAGUGCUGUAGUAGGGCGUUCGGGCGGUGGUAAGGCGACGUCCAGCCCGGCAGAGAACUACCAACUUGCCCGGCGUCGCACCCUCCAAGUGGUGGUGAGCUCUCUGCUGACGGAGUGUGGGUUCGAAAGCGCAGAGAAGGCAGCCGUGGAAUCACUCACUGAGAUGAUCCAGAGCUACAUAUCUGAAGUGGGACGUUGUGCCAAGGCCUACUGUGAACACACAGCCAGAAUCACACCCACCCUCUCUGACACUGUGGUCACACUCAUUGAAAUGGGUUUCAAUGUGAACACUUUGCCAGUGUAUGCCAAGAGAUCACAGAGGAUGGUUAUAACUGCCCCUCCAGUAACGAAUGCUCCUGUGAUCCCGAAGGCCUUGAUCGCUGGACAGAAACGCACUCAUCCCUUCCACAUCCCCAGCCACUUCCCUGAGUUCCCUGAUCCUCACACCUACAUCAAAACUCCAACGUUUCGGGAGCCUGUGUCAGAUUACCAGGUGGUGCGAGAGAAGGCAGCCUCUCAGAGGAGAGACGUGGAGCGAGCUCUCACACGCUUCAUGGCCAAGACCGGAGAAACACAGAGCCUUUUCAAGGAUGACAUCACUGCCUUUCCAUUGAUCGCAGCGCGGCCCAGCUCCAUCCCGUACCUCAGUGCCCUGCUGCCCUCAGAACUGGAGCUGCAGACUCUGGAGGAGACAGACUCCUCUGAACAGGAUGACCAGACCGACAGCGAGAACACGCCAGGCAACAACCUCAAUGAUGAUCCUGGAGCUGAUAAGGAGAAUUCCAUGCUGCCCCCUGGGGGUGUGGUUCCGUCAGUGAAGGCCAGUGAAGAAAACAUGAUUGACAACCCAUACCUGAGGCCGGUCAAGAAACCCAAAGUGAGGAGGAAGAAGUGAGAGUUCACUACACUUAGCUACUAAUUCUGACUUCUAUCUGUCAGACACAAUGAAGGGUCAAUUGUAAGAAGCAAUCAACGGUUCUGUGCCUCUGUGAGAAGUGGACCCACGUGGACAUCUGGAGUGAGGGACUCUCACCUCAACUUUCUACGGGGCAAACACUGCUCAUUAUCAGAUUCUUCACCAGUACAUUCAUGAGCAAACAAACAUUUUACAAUUCAUAUUUUUCAAAUGUGUGGAGUGGUUCUGUCGUGAAAGAAAAUAUUUAACAUUUCCAAAUUAUGAGUUCAGUCAUUGGUAAAUAAUGAGUAGGAAAUAAAUGUUUUGAUUUGUAUUUUAACAUGUAAACCUUUCAUUUAACCAAAUUACACAUUAGCCAAUCACCAAAUACACAUGAGGGCAGAAAUCCGGCAACUUCAUUGUCCACUUUGUAUACAUGGAGAGAUUGGUGAAUAUCUAUAUUAAAGCUGAUAUAUAAAAACA